GCCGCCGGUGGUGGCGGCGGGGGGCGGGCGCCGGCACUCGGAAUCGUCCGCCUCCGCCGCGCACAGCCGCCGCCGGGCCUGAGGCCGAGCAGCCGCCGCCAUGCCCUCGGAGAAGAGCUUCAAGCAGCGCCGCACUUUCGAGCAAAGAGUGGAAGAUGUACGACUGAUUCGAGAGCAGCACCCGACUAAAAUACCUGUGAUCAUUGAAAGGUACAAGGGAGAGAAGCAGCUUCCAGUUUUGGAUAAGACCAAGUUCCUGGUGCCGGAUCACGUCAACAUGAGUGAGCUCAUCAAAAUCAUCAGGCGACGCCUCCAGCUGAACUCCAACCAGGCCUUCUUCCUGCUGGUGAACGGACACAGCAUGGUGAGCGUUUCCACACCCAUAUCCGAGGUGUACGAGAGCGAGAAGGACGAGGACGGCUUCCUCUACAUGGUCUACGCCUCUCAGGAGACCUUCGGAGCGCAACCUUUUGCCUAAGACACGCAGGCUGCUUCUAGCCUAGGGUUUGGGUUUACCCUCAGCCAUCACCCCCACUCUGCCCCACACACACCCCCCAGGGAAAGGCACGGAUGUCACCUACGCUCCCAGUCCCUUAGCAUAGUCUUGCUUUAGCAGACGUCUCAUCUUACCUUGCCUUGUUUGUGACUAUUAAACAGUGCAGACCAGCACCUCCAGCUUUGACACCUGCUGUAAUAUCCCACACAGGCACAUUUGCAUUUCUGGACUCUCUGAACGGAACCCGAUUGUGCAUGUGACAGUUGCAAAGAAAGGGACGCUCGAUUGGACUUGUAACAAGCAAACAGGCACCAGGGAGGAGCUAAAGUGUUUCAGGUGACAGUUUGCUGGAUAAAUCUCCCAUUGAUUCCUUACAGGUUUAUGAUUUCUUUCUCUAAGGGGAAGGCUUCUCACGAGAGCAAGUGUAUUUAAACGUUCCAAAGGGGAGCUUUGUCACCUGCAGCUCGAUGAGCCUCGUGUCAGUGCUGCAGGGGGUUAAGGCUUGGGGUGAGCUGGGUGGGGGGUACAACUCUUUUUUGUCUCUGUUUUUUUUGGGUUUUUUAUUUGUGGCACCACAAACUUAGCAACGGUGCCGGUUUCUGAACUACUCAUACCAAACACCACAGCUUUAUUGUAGUUUUAGGAAGUGUUUAACUGUAAAGAUACACACCUGGACAGGUGACACUGAAAUAAACUCCACUCUGCUCUGAAGUUCCAUCCCCUGUGUGAAAAACACUGUUGUUCCUGUGAGCUCGCUUCCAAACCAUCACCCCUACCUUAGCCUGCAGGUUUGCUGUUCCCUUGCCUGGCUGCUGGGAGAGGGUUGUGGAGGGACCCUCUGCCAGCACCCAGCUGGGUUAAUGCAGUCUGAGAGGUGAACAGAGCCCACACGGCCC